AUGGCGAAAAUCAGAAGAACUGCUCAAAACGAGUCUACUGAGGUCGUCGUUACUGGACCGCUUGCACUUGAAGGUCCGCCGGGUACGAACGGAUCUCAAAGGGCACAGAACCAACCCAAAAACCAACAAGAUCGAAGGAGGCAAAGCAGGCCUCUGGUUGAGGGUACAGCCGAUAGCGACGAACCUUGGAAAGCCGACGUCCAGGACUUCAGGAGAGAAGUGCGGGAAGAGAUUACUGACAUGAAGCAAGGCCAUGAUGCACAUUCAACCAGGCCUGAGGCAAAAACAUCUCCGUUCGUAGAAGAGAUAAUGCAAGCUCGGCUACCGGAACGAUUUCGUCUUCCGCAAAUUACGCCAUUUACCGGCAAGACUGAUCCUACCGGGCACAUCGAAUCCUUUAGAACUUAUAUGGAGCUGCACGAUGCCUCGGAUGCUGUGAUGUGUCGAGCUUUCUCCCUUACUUUGACCGAUGUAUCUCGGCUUUGGUUCAAGCAGUUGAAACCAAAGUGCAUCAGCUCGUUCACGAAACUCAGUGAUGCCUUUCUCACCAAUUUCAUUAGCGAAAAGAAAAAGUUGAAGCCACCUGCACACCUGAACAACAUAGUGCAAAAAGAGGGAGAGCUGCUGAGAGACUAUAUCAAACGCUUUAACUUCGAAUCGCUCCAGGUUCGAAAACAUUCAGACAAAACAGCACUCAAUUCGAUCAUGCAAGGCGUUAGAGAUAAACUGUUUCUAGCAUCCUUGGACAAGAACCCGCCUACUACUCUGGCCAAGUUCAUGGCCCGGUUAAACAAGUACGCGGAUGUCGAGGAAACCCGGAUGAUGCGCGAAGCCGCCCAAAAUGCAAAAGUCCUGGUUAAAGAGUUAGCAAAGAAAGAAGUUGACUCGACCAGUAAAAAGAAGCGUAAAGAUGAUCAAACACGUGAUGAGUGUAAGUCAGGCAAACGGCCAGACUGCAAGUUUUCAAUGUAUACCCCGCUCAAUAAGCCGCAAGAGCAAAUUUUGAUGGAAAUUAAGGGCGAAGGAUUCGUUAACUGGCCAGAUAGGCUCUGA